AUAUUAUUCUCAAAUGCGAAAAAGGAUGUUCACUGUGACUAAAGUUUGAUCAUCAUAAUCAGAGUUCCAUUUCCACCAUUGAAAACACACACACAAAACUCAAAAGGGAGAGAAGAAAGUAAGGUUCUUUCUCUCCCCUCUUUCAAAGCUAUCUCACUUUCUCUCUCUGAAAGUUCGUACACUUUCUCAGAAUCUUAUCGAAUUCAGGUUCAUGAGCUGAAGUGGGAACUGGGAUUUUAGAGUGCAAAUCAUAAAGUUUUCAGGAUUAGCCAAAGUACUGAAAGAUCCUCUUAGUUUCGUAUGAACGUAUCUGUGUAGCUUGGAACUUCUGAGUAUGACGAGUGGUCCUGUGAGACGAGUUUCACGUCAAGAUAUACAAUUGUUCCAGGUACAGAAUCUUAUUGAACGAUGUCUGCAGCUGUAUAUGAACCAAAAGGAAGUUGUAGAUACUCUAUUGGAUCAGGCAAAAAUAGAACCUGAUUUUACAUCACUAGUUUGGCAGAAGCUUGAAGAAGAGAAUCAGGAUUUUUUCAAGGCUUACUACUUGAGAUUGAUGCUGAAGCACCAAAUAUUGGAAUUUAACAGGUUGCUUCAGCAACAGGCCCAAUUGAUGCAUCAAAUGCACCCAAGUGGUGUUGCUCCGCUACCUACAUCUAAUGGUGCCCACAUUUCAUUGCACCAGAACUCAGCAUGCUAUCCCCAAGAGCAUAUAGGACCAGCUCUGAAGCCAGAAAACAUGCACCAUGCAGUUGGUUCUUGUUUGUCCAAUGCAUUUACCAAUGGUGGGUCUUCAGUGCACCAGGGUAUGCACAAUGCUGUGGAUAUGUCUGCUCAUGCUGGUAGGAUUGAUGCUCCACAAAACAUGAUCUCAACACAGAACUCUAACAUGGGACUGUUGCAAGGAAUAAAUGGUGGAAUGAUCAAAUCUGAAGUUGGCAGGAUGAUCAAAUCAGAAGGUGGUGGUGUCAUUAAGUCAGAAAUGGGAUACCCAAGCACUUCCCCAUAUAUGUUCGGUGCUGAUAACAAUGUCAUGGAAUCACGGCCAAAUAUUGGAGAUGCAUCUGUUGCUCCUUUCAGCACUGUAGAUCCUAACCCGCAAGCCCUGAAUGAUUCACUUCUUGAUGUAGACACUUCUUCGUAUGGAUUUUUAAGUCAAAUUCCUAGAAGUUUCAGUUUAUCAGAUCUGACGACUCAUUUUUCUCAAAGUUCAGAUAUACUGGAGAGUUAUUCUAGGUCACCUUACCUGGUACCAGAUGCUGAGGACUUCCUGGAUUCUCGUGAAAGAGAUAAUCAAGGAGACAAUAAAAGAUUGGACAAUCCCAAUUCCUUAUCUAAUAUCUCAUACCAUUUCUUACCCUUACAGGAGACAAUAAAAGGUUGGACACCAUAUCAGAAGGACUAAGUUAUGACGAUUUUGGGAGUGACUAGUUAAUAAAGUUACAGACUCUAAUUUGACAGUGGAAAUUGGGUGGGUGUACAUAAACACAUUAUGGAGUUUGGAUGUCUAAGCAUUAAACUAUUUUGAAGGUAAUGGUUGUUGACGUAGUGAUGAGAAUUGACAUUAGAAUGGUUCUAUGGAGAUGGAGAACAAAGGACAAGGCUUUUCCAAAGGUUUUUGUAACAAUGGACUACAUAGACUUUAUACUACCUGCUGUAUUUGAUAAUUGUGGCGUGUUAGUUAUUUGUAUCCACAACAAAUUUGGUCUUUUGUUGGAUGAUGAUGAUGAUAUUUUGUGCCAUAUUGUUUUUUUUUUUUUGAAUAAAAAGAAAAAAGAAAAAGGAAAAGUAACUUUCUUAGAGUGUUCACACAAAA